GGCUCGGGGGACGCGAUGUGGCGGGGGCGGCUGCUGGGGAUCGCCCUGGGAGUUGCCGUGCUGUGGGCGUCCCAGGCGGGCGCCGCCGCCGCCGGGCACGGCGAGGGGGUGAGCGCCAAGGAGAGCCGGUCCAGCCGGGCCAAGAGGCGAGGGCACGGCGGCGGGCACGACGCGCUCAAAGGGCCAAAUGUAUGUGGAUCACGUUACAAUGCCUACUGUUGCCCUGGAUGGAAAACUUUACCUGGUGGAAACCAAUGCAUAGUCCCAAUCUGCAGACAUUCCUGUGGGGAUGGAUUUUGCUCUAGACCAAACAUGUGCACAUGCCCAAAUGGUCAGAUAGCCCCCUCCUGUGGUUCAAAAUCAAUACAACACUGUAACAUCCGGUGCAUGAAUGGAGGGAGCUGCAGUGAUGACCAUUGCCUCUGUCAGAAGGGAUACACAGGAACACACUGUGGACAGCCUGUCUGUGAAAAUGGAUGUCUAAAUGGCGGGAGAUGUGUGGCUCCAAACCGAUGUGCCUGCACGUAUGGCUUUACUGGACCCCAGUGUGAAAGAGAUUACAGGACCGGACCUUGCUUCACUUUGGUGACCAACCAGAUGUGCCAGGGGCAGCUCAGUGGAAUAGUCUGCACAAAAACCCUCUGCUGUGCCACCGUUGGGAGGGCGUGGGGCCACCCCUGCGAAAUGUGUCCUGCCCAGCCCCAUCCCUGCCGCCGGGGCUUCAUUCCAAACAUCCGAACGGGGGCCUGUCAAGAUGUGGAUGAAUGCCAAGCCAUCCCUGGGAUCUGUCAAGGGGGAAAUUGCAUUAAUACUGUUGGAUCUUUUGAGUGCAAAUGCCCAGCUGGACACAAGUUUAAUGAAGUGACACAAAAAUGUGACGAUAUUGAUGAAUGCAGCACCAUUCCUGGAAUCUGUGAUGGAGGAGAAUGUUCAAACACAGUAAGCAGUUACUUCUGCAAGUGUCCUCCAGGGUUUUAUACAGCUCCUGAUGGCUUAAAAUGCAUAGACGUGCGUCCUGGAUUCUGCUUCUCCACCCUGAGCAACGGGCGCUGUGGGAAUCAGCUCCCCCAGCCCAUGUCCAAGAUGCAGUGUUGCUGUGACAGUGGCCGCUGCUGGUCCUCCAGUCCAGCCAGUGCUCCCGAAAUGUGCCCCAUCAGAUCCACCGAUGAGUACCGCAAGUUGUGCACAGUAGCUGCUCUGCUGCCAGCAAGACCUGACCUUCCUCCGGCCCGUCCUGACGUCAUCCCUCCACCACUCAUUCCUGGUGUUUUCCCUCCUCCACAGCCAGAAAUUGUCUAUCCAUCUAGGGCUCCACCACCUCAUGUGAUCUUGCCGGUGAACUUAACUGACUUGUGCCAAACAUACCGACAUCUCUGCCUUAAUGGACGUUGUAUUCCCACUCCUGGGAGCUACCGCUGCGAGUGCAACAAAGGAUUCCAACUGGAUGGUAGAGGGGAAUGCAUUGAUAUUGAUGAAUGUGAGAGGAGUCCCUGCAUUGGUGGAGACUGUGUGAACACCCCGGGAUCCUACAUCUGCCAGUGUCGUGUCGGAUACCAGAGCACGGCCACAAGAACAGAGUGCAGAGACAUUGAUGAAUGUUUACAGAAUGGUCGUAUCUGUAAUAAUGGACGAUGCAUAAAUACAGAUGGCAGUUUUCACUGUGUGUGCAAUGCUGGCUUCCAAGUGGCAGUUGAUGGGAAAAACUGUGAAGAUAUGGAUGAAUGCAGCAUAAGGAACAUUUGCCUCAAUGGGAUGUGCAUCAAUGAAGAUGGCAGUUUUAAAUGCAUUUGUAAACCAGGGUUCCAGUUGGCAUCUGAUGGACGCUAUUGCACAGACAUCAAUGAGUGUGAGACAGAUGGAAUAUGCAUGAACGGGCGCUGUGUGAACACUGAUGGCUCUUUCAGAUGUGAAUGUUUCCCUGGCCUUGCAGUGGGACUGGAUGGACGUGUCUGUGUUGACACACAUAUGCGGAGCACAUGCUACGGUGGCUACAAGAGAGGACAAUGUGUGAGACCAUUAACGGGAGCAGUUACAAAGUCAGAGUGUUGCUGUGCCAGCACUGACUAUGCCUUUGGAGAGCCCUGCCAGCCCUGCCCAGCACAAAAUUCAGCUGAAUAUCAGGCUCUGUGCAGCAGUGGAACUGGCAUGACUGCAGGAGGAAAUGAUAUUAAUGAGUGCUUAUUGGAUCCUGAUCUCUGUCCAAAUGGAAGGUGUGAGAAUCUGCAUGGAACGUACAAAUGUUUUUGUGACCCUGGAUAUGAAGUAGAUUCAACUGGGAAAAACUGCAUUGACAUUGAUGAAUGUGCACUGAACAUGCUGCUUUGUGACAAUGGGCAAUGCAGAAACACCCCAGGAAGUUUCACCUGCACCUGUCCAAAAGGAUUUGUAUACACUCCUGAUCUAAAGACAUGUGAAGAUAUUGAUGAGUGUGAAUCCAACCCCUGCGUUAAUGGAGUGUGCAAAAACACACCAGGCUCUUUUGCUUGUGAAUGUUCUCCUGAAAGUACUUUGGAUCCAACCAGAACCAUCUGUAUAGAAACUGUUAAGGGUACCUGUUGGCAGAACAUAGUGAAUGGAAGGUGUGAAAUAAAUAUCAAUGGAGCAACUCUGAAGUCCCAGUGCUGUUCCUCACUAGGUGCUGCUUGGGGAAGCCCAUGUACACCAUGUGAACGAGACCCAAUAUGUCAAAAGGGAUAUUCGAGAAUAAGAGGAACAUUGUGUGAAGAUGUAAAUGAAUGCGAGGUGUUUCCUGGAGUUUGUACAAAUGGGCAGUGUGUCAACACUUUGGGAUCAUUUGUUUGCCAGUGCCCCAAUGGAAUGACUUUAGAUGCUUCUGGACGGACUUGUCUUGACAUUCGCUUGGAGAGCUGCUACCUGCAGCACGAGGACGAGCAGUGCAGUGCCCAGAUCCCAGGCCGGCACCGGAUGGAUGCCUGCUGCUGCUCCGUGGGGGCGGCCUGGGGCUACGAGUGUGAGGAGUGUCCUCUGAAGGGAUCUCCUGAGUUCGAAGCUCUUUGUCCGAGGGGCCCUGGGUUCUCCACGAAGAUAGAGAUAAGUGGGAAACCUUUCUCCAAAGACAUCAAUGAAUGUAAAAUGUUCCCCAGCCUUUGUACCCAUGGAAAAUGCAGAAAUACCAUUGGCAGUUUUAAGUGUAGAUGUGACAGUGGAUUUGCCCUGGAUUCUGAAGAGAGGAACUGCACAGAUAUCGAUGAAUGCCGCAUCUCUCCUGAUCUUUGUGGCCAAGGCAUUUGCGUCAAUACUCCUGGAGACUUUGAGUGUGAAUGUUUUGAAGGCUAUGAAAGUGGAUUUAUGAUGAUGAAAAACUGCAUGGACAUCGACGAGUGCCAGCGCAACCCCCUCCUCUGCCGAGGCGGCACCUGCAUCAACACAGAGGGAAGUUUUCGGUGCGAUUGUCCUCCAGGCCAUCAGAUAUCACCAAAUAUCUCUGCAUGUGUAGACAUUAAUGAGUGUGACCUGAGCACCAACCUGUGUCGAAAUGGCCGUUGUGUCAACCUGAUUGGAAAGUACCAGUGCGCUUGCAACCCUGGGUAUCAGUCCACACCUGACAAGUUAUACUGUAUUGAUAUCGAUGAGUGCAGUAUAAUGAACGGUGGCUGUGAGAACUUCUGUACUAACUCAGAGGGCAGCUAUGAAUGUAGCUGUAAACAAGGCUUUGCCCUCAUGCCAGACCACAGGACAUGCACUGAUAUUGAUGAGUGUGAAGACAAUCCUAACAUCUGUGAUGGAGGCCAGUGUACAAACAUCCCAGGAGAGUACAGGUGUCUUUGCUAUGAUGGGUUCAUGGCAUCUGAAGACAUGAAGACUUGCAUAGAUGUUAACGAGUGUGAUCUGCAUCCAAACAUCUGUCUGAGUGGAACCUGUGAGAAUACAAAAGGCUCAUUUAUCUGUCAUUGUGAUAUGGGAUAUUCAGGCAAGAAAGGCACAACUGGCUGCACAGAUAUCAAUGAGUGUGAAAUUGGAGCCCAUAACUGCGACAGACACGCCAUAUGUACAAACACAGCAGGAAGUUUCAAAUGUAGCUGCAGCCCUGGCUGGAUUGGAAAUGGUAUCAAGUGCACAGAUCUGGAUGAGUGCUCCAAUGGAACCCACAUGUGCAGCCCACAUGCUGACUGCAAGAAUACAAUGGGCUCUUACCGCUGCCUCUGUAAAGAAGGUUAUACUGGGGAUGGCUUCACUUGUACAGAUCUUGAUGAAUGCUCAGAAAACUUGAAUCUCUGUGAAAAUGGGCAGUGCCUCAAUGCCCCUGGAGGGUAUCGCUGUGAAUGUGAUAUGGGAUUUUUGCCAAGUGUAGAUGGGAAAGCAUGUGAAGAUAUUGAUGAGUGCUCACUUCCUAACAUCUGUGUCUACGGUACUUGUCAUAACCUUCCGGGACUUUUCCGGUGCGAGUGUGAAGUGGGCUACGAGUUGGACAGAAGUGGUGGGAACUGCACAGAUGUUAAUGAAUGUGCAGAUCCUACAACCUGCAUUAGUGGCACAUGUAUCAAUACUGCUGGUAGCUACACCUGUGAGUGCCCUCCUGAUUUUGAGCUGAAUCCCACCCGAGUUGGAUGUGUUGAUACACGAUCUGGCAACUGUUACCUGGACAUUAAAACUCGUGGAGAUAACGGUGGCACCUUCUGCAGCAACGAGAUUGGAGUGGGUGUUUCCAAGGCCUCCUGUUGCUGCUCCCUGGGCAAGGCUUGGGGAGUUCCCUGUGAGCAUUGCCCAGCUGUGAACACAACUGAAUAUAAGGUUCUUUGCCCUGGAGGGGAAGGAUUCCGACCAAACCCUAUUACAGUUAUAUUAGAAGAUAUUGAUGAAUGUCAAGAGCUGCCUGGACUUUGCCAAGGAGGAAAAUGUAUUAAUACAUUUGGUAGCUUCCAGUGCCAGUGUCCAUCGGGGUAUUAUUUGAAUGAAGAGACUCGAGUGUGUGAUGAUGUGAAUGAGUGUGAUACACCUGGGAUUUGUGGACCUGGAACAUGUUACAAUACUGUUGGGAAUUACACCUGCAUCUGUCCUCCUGAUUACAUGCAAGUCAAUGGAGGAAACAACUGCAUGGAUAUGAGAAGAAGUCUGUGUUACAGAAAUUACUAUCCUGACAAUCAAACCUGUGAUGGUGAGCUGCUCUUCAAUAUGACCAAGAAAAUGUGCUGCUGUUCCUACAACAUUGGACGUGCAUGGAAUAAGCCUUGUGAACAGUGUCCUAUCCCGAGCACAGAUGAAUUCUCCACACUCUGUGGAAGUCAAAGGCCUGGCUUCUUCAUUGACAUUUAUACAGGAUUACCUGUUGAUAUUGAUGAAUGCAGAGAGAUUCCUGGAGUGUGUGAAAAUGGGAUCUGCAUAAACAUGGUUGGCAGUUUCCGAUGUGAGUGUCCCGUGGGAUUCUUCUACAAUGACAAGCUGCUGGUCUGCGAAGAUAUUGAUGAAUGCCAAAAUGGACCAGUUUGUCAGCAAAAUGCAGAGUGUGUCAACACAGCGGGCAGCUACCGCUGUGACUGCAAACCUGGCUACAGGUUCACCUCAACGGGUCGCUGCACUGAUCGGAAUGAAUGCCAAGAAAUUCCCAAUAUCUGCAGCCAUGGGCAGUGUAUUGACACUGUUGGAAGUUUCUACUGCAUUUGUCACAAUGGAUUCAAGACCAAUGAUGACAGAACAAUGUGUAUAGAUAUUAAUGAGUGUGAGAGAGACGCCUGUGGCAACGGGACCUGCAGAAACACCAUUGGCUCCUUCAACUGCCGCUGCAAUUUGGGGUUCAUCCUCUCCCACAACAACGACUGCAUAGAUGUGGACGAGUGUGCAAGUGGAAAUGGAAUGCUCUGCAGGAAUGGUCAGUGUGUGAACACCAUUGGGUCCUUCCAGUGUCUCUGCAAUGAUGGCUAUGAGGUGGCUCUGGAUGGAAGGACUUGUGUUGACGUCAAUGAGUGCGCACUGGAUCCUGGCAAAUGUGCACCAGGCACGUGUCAGAACUUGGAUGGCUCGUUCAGAUGUAUCUGUCCUCCUGGAUAUAUCCUGCAGAAUGACAAAUGUGAAGACAUUGAUGAGUGUGUGGAACAGCCAGAAAUUUGUGCCCUGGGCACAUGCAGCAACACUCCAGGCAGUUUCAAAUGUCUGUGUCCAGAAGGCUUUGUAUUGUCUUCCACAGGAAGGCGAUGCCAAGAUCUGAGAGUAAGUUACUGCUUUACCAAGUUUGAAGAUGGAAAAUGUUCUGUGCCGAAGUCCCGAAACCACUCCAAACAAGAGUGUUGCUGUGCCUUAAAGGGGCAGGGAUGGGGAGAUCCCUGUGAGCUCUGCCCAGAGGAAGCAGAUGAGGCAUUCAGACAGAUUUGUCCAUUUGGAAUUGGCAUCCUUGUUGGACCUGGGGAUGCAAGACUGGAUGUGGAUGAGUGCCUUGAUCCAGAUAACUGUAAAUUUGGGCAGUGUAUCAACACAGAUGGGUCUUUCCGCUGUGAAUGUCCGUAUGGUUACAUCCUACAGGGAGCAGAAUGUGUGGAUACUGAUGAAUGUGCUGUUGGAAACCCAUGUGGAAAUGGAACCUGCAGGAACGUGGUGGGAGGUUUUGAAUGCACCUGUGUUGAGGGCUUUGAGCCUGGGCCGAUGAUGACCUGUGAAGAUGUCAAUGAGUGCAUCAACCCUCUGCUCUGCGCCUUCCGCUGCGUGAACACUUUUGGAUCCUACGAAUGCAAGUGCCCCGGGGGGUACGUUCUGCGAGAGGACCGGAGAAUGUGCAGAGAUCAGAAUGAGUGUGAAGAAGGAAUUCAUGACUGUGACUCAAAACAGAUGGAGUGCAAAAACCUAAUUGGUACCUAUAUGUGUAUCUGUGGACCUGGUUAUCAGCGCAGACCAGAUGGGGAAGGCUGUAUAGAUGAGAAUGAAUGUCAGACCAAACCUGGGCUCUGUGAGAACGGCCGUUGUGUGAACACAGUGGGCAGUUACAGGUGUGAGUGCAACGAGGGAUUCACCGUCAGCGACGCCCAGGACGAGUGCCUUGACAACAGGGAAGGCUACUGCUUCAUUGAAGUCUUACAAAGUAUGUGUCAAAUCGGAUCAAGCAACAGGAACUCUGUCACCAAGUCUGAAUGCUGCUGUGAUGGAGGCCGAGGCUGGGGGCAAAACUGUGAGGUCUGUCCCUUCCCAGGCACCGUGGCCUUUAAGAAGCUUUGCCCUCAUGGCCGAGGAUACAUGUCUAACGGAGCAGAUAUUGAUGAGUGCAAGGUUAUUCACGAUGUUUGCCGCAACGGGGAAUGCAUCAAUGAGAGGGGAUCUUACCGUUGUCACUGCAACCUUGGCUAUACUACAGAUAUAACUGGCACUCUCUGCAUAGAUCUGAAUGAAUGUAAUGAGUCUCCAAAACCUUGCAAUUUCAUCUGCAAAAACACAGAGGGGAGCUACCAGUGUUCAUGUCCGAAAGGAUACAUUCUGCAAGAAGAUGGGAGGAGCUGCAAAGAUCUUGAUGAAUGUGCAACAAAGCAGCACAACUGCCAGUUCCUUUGUGUCAACACCAUUGGGGGCUUCACUUGCAAAUGUCCUCCUGGAUUCACUCAGCACCAUACAGCCUGCAUUGAUAACAAUGAAUGUGCCACUGAAAUCAAUCUUUGUGGGCCGAAGGGCAUUUGCCAGAACACACCAGGAAGUUUUGUUUGUGAAUGUCAACGUGGCUUCUCACUCGAUCAAACUGGGCAGAGCUGUGAAGAUGUUGAUGAAUGUGAUGGAAACCACCGGUGUCAGCAUGGCUGCCAGAACAUAAUCGGAGGAUACAGGUGUAGCUGCCCACAAGGAUAUCUCCAGCAUUACCAGUGGAACCAAUGUGUUGAUGAAAACGAGUGUCUCAGUGCACACAUUUGUGGAGGAGCAUCUUGCCACAAUACUUUGGGAAGCUAUAAAUGUAUGUGCCCUACCGGAUUUCAGUAUGAGCAGUUUAGUGGAGGUUGCCAAGAUAUCAAUGAAUGCGGUUCUGCACAAGCCCCGUGCAGUUAUGGGUGUUCAAACACUGAAGGUGGCUAUGUCUGUGGAUGUCCACCUGGUUACUUCAGAAUAGGACAAGGACACUGUGUUUCCGGAGUGGGGCUAGGCAGAGGUCAAGGACAAGAACUUUCACUCAGUGGAGAAGUAGACGACAACUCCCUCUCUCCAGAAGCUUGUUAUGAAUGUAAAAUCAACGGCUAUCCCAAGAGAGGAAGGAAGCGCAGAAGCACUAAUGAAACUGCAAGUGAAGCAGAGGAUCAGCAGGAGCUGCAGCCGCCAAUCAGUCUCGCCAGCUGGGAUAUUGAAAAAGCAGCAGUUUUCUCCAUCAACAUCUCGGAUCUCAGUAACAAAGAUCGCAUCCUGGAACUGCUUCCUGCCCUCACAACACUGACAAACCAUAACCGAUAUUUAAUUGACUCCGGAAAUGAAGAUGGUUUCUUUAGAAUCAAUAAGAAGGACGGGAUAAGUUACCUUCAUUUCACAAAGAAGAAGCCAGUGCCUGGAAACUAUUCAUUACAAAUCAGUAGUAUUCCACUCUAUAAAAAGAAGGAACUUAACCAGCUUGAAGCGAAACAUGACAAAGACUACCUCAGUGGUGAGCUGGGAGAUAACCUGAAAAUGAAAAUUCAGAUAUUGCUUCAUUAAUUCAUCCACCAAAGACCAAAUAAUUAAACCAAAGAUAGAUAGGUAGGACUGAAUAUUCCUCCCGAUCAGAUUCUCCAUAUCAUAGGUACAAUCUUACAUGAGUACAUUUGUACGAAGGAGCACUAUUAUAUUUUUACAUAAACAAGGUACAGGAUGAAUACCCUAGCUCAACACUACCACUUUCUCAGGCUUUUACGUGUAGCUGAGCUACCUUGAUAUGUUGAAUCUUGAAAACUGGGACUUUCAUCAUUGGAAGUUGGCCACUGAUGCUGAAGACACGUCAUCAUUUCAGCAGAGGUACAAGAAUGUGCUUUCAACUGAUGGACAGCUCUAUUUUUGUAAUUCUUAAACUUCGCUUCUCCAACUACAACUUACUAGGUCAGCCAUUUAUGAUAUCCAUUUGGUGCUAGUAAAUUUUCAACCUAGAUUUAUAAAUGCACUGUAAUAUUUACACAACUUAGAAGCCAAAAUUGCCAUUAUUCAGUCUAAAUACUUCAAUCAACCAAAGUUAGCUCAGUAGUUUAUCUCAGUUAUGCCUAUAAUACAUUACAUGUAAAUUAAGUGUGUGUAUACUGUAAUCAUGCUAUUUUUAUCAAUGAAGCAUUUGUAAACUAGAUUAAUAAUACCCUUAAUGUGAGGGUUUGUAAUGGUGCUUAUAAGACCAACUACUUGUUAACUGUAUACACAAACCUGAUGAUAAAGUUUCUGUGACUUGCCAAAAUGCACUGAGGUCAGUAGGGACCAUUAAACAUUCUCAAAAGUCAGAUGACAAUCAGUGCCAUCCUACACCAUGACAUAUUGUAACGUGUCAAGAGUACCCAUAGUCAUUCAUAUCAACAAGGGUUCAAUGUCAUAAAUGUCACAAUAAAACAGUUCUUUUUUUUA